GGGACGUCAACAAAUUCUACUAAAUAACAAAAAAAAAUAUACCGAUUCUUGAAUUCGAGUAAAUAAAGACGAAUUUAAUUAUCAUGAAGACUUGAUAUCACAACUUCGAAUAAGAUCCAUAAAUAAACUUUGAAUUCCAAGCAAUAUCGAAUUAUGGGUCUGCUAGAUAUAUUAAAGAAACUGCGAUCUAAUCCGGAGAAAGAGCUUCGUUUGCUGCUGUUAGGGCUGGACAAUGCUGGAAAGACGACUCUAUUGAAGCAAUUGGCUUCGGAAGACGUGAACCACGUUAUCCCGACCGCUGGUUUUAAUAUAAAAUCGGUGUUAUCGAAUGGCUUCAAGCUAAAUGUUUGGGAUAUCGGUGGACAGAGGAAGAUCAGGCCUUAUUGGAGGAAUUAUUUUGAGAACACCGAUAUUUUGAUCUACGUGGUCGAUUGUUCAGAUCACCAUAGACUGGAGGAGACCAGUCUAGAAUUAGCCGAGCUGCUUCUGGAUGACAAGUUGCGCGCUGUUCCGCUGUUAGUUUACGCCAACAAACAGGACUUGGCGACCGCAUUACCGGCUAGUGAGAUAGCUCAACAUCUCGGUCUGCACUUAAUAAGAGACAGGACUUGGCAGAUACAAGCGUGUGUGGCCACUGAUGGUACUGGAGUUAAGGAGGGCAUGGAAUGGGUUUGCAAGAAUAUCAACGUGAAAAAAUAACAAAUCAUUCUCGGCCAUAUUUUGCGGUAAACACUGAUUAAAUGUAAUAUUAGUUUGGUAUAGUUGUAUGGUACAACUUUGCUCACGAUCCGCUGUGUCUUCGAUUGUUACGAUUUUUGUUAAAUGGCUUUUGAUUAAGCGUUGUCACUGUUUUAUCGUCAAGGUUUUGACCGUGAGCACAGAAUUAUGUAGGUGCUUACGUAUUUAGCUUUAGAAAAGCUCGGGAUUGUACCGGGCCUUUUGUCUCGUUUAUUUAAUAGAGGCGGAAAGAAUACUUUACCUUUUAAAAUUUUUUUUUAAGCUAUAGCGUAGAUUUUAUCGCGUGCUUUGAGCGCGGUGACCGAAUCAAGAAAUUCCGUAACGAAA